CAUUGCACGGGACUUAAACUAGUUACAAAUAAAAUAAGUUUUAACAAGGUCUAAUAAUGUUUAGAAGUGAAAAUAGAGAAGAAUUUCAAUUCCAUCUCUAAUUUAGAUACUGACUUGCCGUUUGGUGUGUUUUGGACCAAACUCUAACAUCCCUAAUCUUUAGCGUUCUUCUGUAAACGACCCAGAAGAUCAAUUGAGGAAGAGUGAAGAGUGAAGAGUGAGGAGUGAGAUUGAUGGAGAAAUUGAGAAUGGGGGAUUGCAAAAUCAUGAAAUAUUAUUCCAGAAAACGACCCAAAAGAUCAAUUGAGGAAGAAGAAGACAGAUUGAGUUCACUUCCAGACGCCAUUCUCACCGACAUCCUUUCUCGCCUCUCCAUUGAUACCGCCGCCAAGACCUCCGUCUUAUCCCACCAUUGGCGCCGCCUUUGGACUGGCGUGACCCGCGUUGAUCUCUAUGUUUGCAAUCAGUCAGAUUCCACGGCCAAAAUCAGCUACAUCCUACGCCAGCUUACUUGUCGGAAACUCCGACACUUUGGUCUCACUCUCGAAGAUCUGGAAGAGGGGUCCAAUCCUUCUGCAAUUUGUGUAUCAGAAUUAGAAUCAUGGUUCCACCAAGUUUUCAGCCGAAAUGUGGAAAACAUCAGUGUAAAUGCAGAGUAUGAUGUUCCCUUGUUAUUACCCGCUUUUCUGUUCAAUUCUCAAUCUUUGGUAACUUUGUCUAUACUGGGUGUGCUUAAAUUGCCCAAAAUUAAAGAUUUGUGUGUUAAUCUCCCUAAUUUGAACAAGCUUACCCUAGACGAGCUUGAUAAUUUCCCUCUUUGUUUGGAGAAUUUAAUUAAGUCUUGCUCACUUUUGGAACAUUUGGAUUUAGUCUUCGAUCUAGAUUUGUCUAGUCAUGUUGUGAAUAUAAUUGCUUCUAACUUGAAGUCAUUGUCUAUAAGUAAUUUAAGUAUGCUAAACAAUACCCGAAAAACUAGAGUAUAUAUUGAUGCUCCUAAAUUGGCAAAGCUCAAAAUUCAAGAUUGGAGUUCAAUCUACUACUUUCUUCAGAAUCCAUCUAUAUUAGUCAAGGCCUGUAUUCAGUUGGAGAAUGAUGGGGGGUAUGAUGGGCUGGAAUUGGAUGGUGAGCAGGAUUACGGCGCAUUAUCUGGACCACGAAAAGAAUAUAUUUGCCAGAUGACCAAGUUUUUCGGAGGAUUAUCUAGUGUUAGCAAACUUGAGCUGAAGCUAGAGAGUUGGACCAAUAUUUUGAGAUACUUUAAUUGUCUGAAUCUGCCGAUAUUUUCAAAUUUAACCUGGCUUCAAACAAAUUGCUUUAAGGAUUUGCUGAUAUCUUUGAAUUAUUUUCCCAACUUAGAGCAUCUUGAGGUCGACUUAUGGUUACUUGAUGAUAAAAUGGAGCAAAGGAGAUGGUGUGCACCGGAUUUUAUUCCAGAUUGCUUAGUAAGUAAGCUCGAGACUAUACACAUAAGUACAGUGGGCAUUGAUGAUGACCUCAGGCUUCUAGCAUACAUUCUGAGUAAUGCAAUUGUUUUGAAAAAGCUUCUUGUAGAUUUUAGUACAGUGGAUGGGGCAUAUGUUGAAAAUGAACGUGAUAAAGCAUAUGCAGUGUGGAAGGAAUGUCAGUUAUGUAGGUCAUUGUUAAACCUUCCAAGGAGCUCCUCGACGUGUGAGGUUGUGGUUUCUGGUAGGUUAGUCGCAGCAUCAGGGAAUGCCGUACAAGGCGAAUUCCUUACAUGUCAAAUGUAUUUGGGUAAAUAUACCUGACAGAUGCAACUUGUUUUCCAAUGCAAUAUUCUAGCUGAUGGGUUGCAGACUUGCAGGUAUGACUAUUGACUACUAAGUUCUGAUUGAUUUUUGGUUUAUGCAUAAUUACAUGUAAUUUUGGUUUAGGCAUAAAAAUGUUUCUAGAAAUGCUGGAUAUGUAUCAGGGUAUCGUAGCCUUGCAAUGUAUUUUACUCUUUCCUAUAAACUUUAUAUGAUAUAUUCAAGUUCGUUUACUUCUCUAUA